UUAUCCUCUUAGCUCUAAAUGGCCCUACGUUCUUGCACUUCGCUGUCCAUCUUAUUUGUUGUCUAAUACUUGGACUGGAGCGAAAGGAAAUGGAUCUCCGCGAGUAAAAAGAAUCACCGUGGCCACCGUUCAGUUGCGCGCAUUACGCGUGAAUUGUCGGAACAGCCCUCUCCAUCGUCUGUCAGAGCGCCUGUCAGAGCACCGUGGCUGCCCGUCCGUCCGUUAAUGUGUCCCUCCCACUGAUCUUUUGCAGACUGUAAUCUUAUCAGUGUCAAACCGUAGAUGCCCUCUCCUCUCGGACAUACCCUGCACGUCUUUGGAUGGCGUUCGUUCCCAAAAUUUGGAUGAAAAACGUUUGUAUUUAAGAAAACUUUUAUCAGCGACGGGAUUAGCUGCAUUUACACGCGCGUUUGAAUGUGUGGUAAAAUGAACAUUGGUCACUGGUUUUGAAAAUCUCGACCAAAACAAGACAUGGAAUCUAAGUGCAAAGAAAGAAGUCUUUUGUAUCUACUUUUCUUUGCAAUUUGCACAGCCAACGUUUGCUUUUGUGCAAGAAGAUCAAAUGCUCGAAGGUCUGAUCGCCUGAGUCCUCCAUUAGACAUCCAGCUGGAGACAAUCAACUGCACUGCCUUCAGUGUACGAUGGAAGAUGCCCCGGAGACAUGUUAGCACCAUCACUGGAUAUAAGGUUUUCUACACAGAGAUGAAGAAUGGCCGUACAGUAGGGACUGCGUCUAUAAUGGAGGUCCCGCUCAGCUUGGACAUGCUGACUACUGGACAAUUUGAUGGACAAGCAAGCUUUGAUGUGGACAUCAGUAAUCUGAAGGUGAACACUAAAUACAGAGUCAGUGUUGGAGCAUAUGGCUGGGCAGGGGAGGGAAGACCCAGCAUGCCCAGAGACAUCAGCACUGCUUCACAGGAAAUGUGCAUGCCCCCUUCACCCCCCUCCCAGCCCACUGUCAUGGCCGUAUCCGACACAGAGCUGGCGCUAUCGUGGCAGCAAGGCGAGAGCGACGGAAGCGCACCUGUUCUUCACUUCCUGGUAGCUUACAUCAGGCCAGAAAUGGACACAGAGUGGACAUACAUUCGUGAGCCCAUUGAGACUAACUCCAUGGUUCUGAAAGGGUUACUUCCAGAAACAGAGUACCAGUUUGUUGUCAGGGCGGUCAACAAACACGGAGUUAGCCCACCCAGUCCUAUCAACAACCCCGUGCGCACGCUCGCUUCUUAUGGCAGACUUCUGAAUGGAGGAGACACUUUUCAGUAUGUGGUGCAGCAGCCUCGGUACAGACUAACAGGUGCAUCAGAUGUUGGCAGCGGUGACUAUGGGAGUUACAUCACAGAUCCUGGGGUCAAAGAUGAAGAUGGCUUUGACAUUGAUGACUCUGAUUAUGAUAUUUUCAUUGAAGAGUUGAAGCCAUUUCCGGGUAUAAGUCAGGACAACAGGAAGUCCCAACUGCGUUCACACUCUGGUCCCCCAUCUGGUCGAAAUGUUGUUUACCGUAUGAACACCAUGACUCCUCCAAAUGUUACAGCUGCACCAGUUUCCACAACCACAUCAUCCAUCUUUUCAGAGUUUACAGAUCUGCUUUUCCCAGUCACUUCACAGCCCAGUAGCACUCUUGAGACCAAAACUACUGCCCCACUCACUCCUACCAGCAUCCCUUUGUCGACCACCACUUCUACUACGACCACGUCCCCCUGGAAAGGCGAGGUACCUCGUGUGUACGACCUGAGCUGUGAUGAUACUGUGUGUCCGCCCGACAGCUUCUGUCUCACUGAUUACGAAAGCGGCGGUUCGCGCUGCCACUGCAACCUUGGACGAAGAGGGGACACAUGCUCUGAGGCGUUAUCAGUGAAGUUUCCCAGAUUCCAUGGCCACUCUCACAUGACCUUUGAACCCUUAAAAAACUCUUAUCAAACCUUUCAGAUUACUUUGGAGUUUAAGGCAGACUCUGAGGAUGGGUUGCUGCUGUACUGUGGAGAGAAUGAACAUGGCCGUGGAGACUUUACUUCUUUGGCUUUGGUUCGGGGGAAGCUUCAUUACAGGUUUAACUGUGGUACAGGAGCAGCUCAGAUAGUCAGUGAGAGCCGCAUUGUCCUCGGUCAGUGGCACACAGUAACUGUCUUCAGAGAUGGCAUGAGUGGCUGGCUCCGUAUGGACAACGACACACCCAUAUCCGGACGAUCACAGGGUCAGUAUAGUAAGAUCACCUUCCGCUCCCCGUUGUAUGUGGGUGGAUCCCCAAGCGCUUACUGGCUGGUCAAAGCGACAGGGACAAAUCGUGGCUUUGUUGGCUGCAUGCAGAGUCUGACCAUCAACAAUAAGGCUACAGACAUCAGGCCCUGGCCCCUGGGCAGAGCUCUGAGUGGAGCUGAUAUAGGUGAGUGCAGUGACAAUGUGUGCGACCUGGUCAGCUGUGCCAAUGGCGGAGUCUGCUUUGCAAAUCGUGCUGAUGGCUACAUCUGCCUGUGCCCACUUGGCUUCAGAGGAGCACUUUGUGAAGAGAGUUUCUCACUGUCCUCGCCGCUCUUCAAUGAAACAGUGUUUUCAUAUGCCGUCAUCCCAUGGCCUCAGUCCUCACAGAGUUACCUGUCCUUCACUGAGUUUGAGGUGACGUUUCAGCCGUCAACCCCUGAUGGAGUGCUGCUGUACAGUGAUGACGCAGGGAGCGGGGACUUCCUUGCUAUAAACCUGGUGGACAGAUAUGUAGAGUUCAGAUUUGACUGUGGCUCUGGAGGAGCUGUCAUAAGGAGUGAGGAGCAGAUCAGUUUGGACUCAUGGCAUGAGCUAAGAGUAUCACGUACAGCAAAGAGUGGUAUCCUCCAGGUGGACAGCCAGAGACCUAUGGAGGGGAUUGCUGAGGGAGCUUUCACUCAGAUCAACUGCAGCUCACCUCUCUAUAUUGGCGGCGUGCCAGAGUACGAUAAAACCAAGAGGACAGCAGGUGUAAUAAAGCCCUUCACUGGCAUUAUUCAGCAGCUAAUACUCAAUGAUCGCACCAUCCCCAUAACAACUGGAACUGCUGGUGGAGUUAAUGUAGCCAAUUCUGCACACCCAUGUGUGGAAAGUCCGUGUGCCAAUGGAGGAACCUGCAGGCCAAAGUGGGAUGGAUAUGAGUGUGACUGCCCUCUAGGGUACGACGGGAGGCAUUGCCAGAAAGGCCACCGACAUGACAGUUUCUUCUCAUGCAAACUUAGUCCCUUAAGUUUAUGCUUUCUCUCCUUUCAAUGCUUUCAUGGAACAGAGUGUGGGAAUUACUGUUUGAACACUGUUACUGAAGCCAUAGAGAUUCCACAGUUCAUCGGAAGAAGUUACCUGACCUAUGACAACAGAGAUAUCCUUAAAAGAGUAUCUGGGUCCAGAACCAGCCUUUUCAUGCGUUUUAAGAGCACAGCCAAAGACGGGUUGUUGCUCUGGCGAGGAGACAGUCCAAUGAGACCCAACAGUGACUUCCUUUCUAUGGGUCUUCAAGAUGGUGCUCUCAUCUUCAGUUACAACCUGGGCAGUGGUGUAGCCAACAUUGUCGUCAACGGGACCUUUAGUGAUGGAAAGUGGCACAGAGUCAAAGCUGUGAGGGAUGGCCAGUCAGGAAAGCUGACUGUCGAUGACUAUGGGGCAAAGACAGGCAGGGCGCCCGGCAAAAUGAGACAACUUAAUAUCAAUGGACCCUUAUAUGUUGGUGGCAUGAAGGAGAUAGCGCUUCACACAAACAGACAGUACAUUGGAGGCUUGGUGGGCUGUGUGUCCCACUUCACACUGUCCACGGACUAUCACUUAGCGCUGGUGGAGGACGCUGCUGACGGCAAGAACAUCAACACCUGUUCCAACUAGUGAAUGACUUUGGCAGUUUAAGAUUUUCAGCGCUAUUUCCAACCGAACCAUCUGAUUUGUCAUCUUAAAGCUCACUUACCAGCAACAAAUCAGUAAAAACUUAAAUUAUAAUUUGUGGUUGUGUUUUCUUUUUCGUACCAAUUCAGAUCUGAUGACCCUGAGAGGAUUUUUAGAAAGCACAAGUACUUUGUGAAAAGAGAGAGAAAAAGGCAAAGCAAUAUGUUUGAUGAGGAUCUUUAAAAAAAAUACCUUUUGAAGGACUUUUUCAUGGGAUGACUCUAUUUGUAUCUUUAUUUCUUUUCUUUUUUUCUACUGUAAAUCCUUAUUUGAUUGCUGGAAGAACCAAGUGAUCCAAGGGAUCAAAAGUCAUCAUGAACCUGACCUAGAGCAGCUAGCAGAGAUAAACUUCUUUUAGAGGAUUUUGGUUUUGGUUCUAGAGGAUUUCUGUUGUCUUUGUUGUUGUGGCAUUUGUAUUCUUGUUCGUGAUGUAUUAUCAGUCUGUAGACAGAUAUUUUCUAAAAUCUGAUGGAUGUCAGUUUUUAACAACGUUUCUAGUUUUGGAGGGUAAAUACGUCAGCUACACAAAAUGUUGGUUUUAACCUUCUUUUUUUAGUUCACUUGGUCUUUCAUCUUGAUCUCUCAGACGUUAGUAACAUGAAAGUCUAAUGUUGAUACGGUGAGGCAGAUCAAAUCCUCAGUAAAUUAUGUGUGACAGACUGUUGCUGUCAUCUGGCACAAACCACAGUACUGUGGACAUCAGCCUUUGAAUUGUUGCUUGUAACUCUUGAUUAUAUUAUCAAAGUGAUUGAUCUACUUACUCUUCAUGCCUGAAUUUUAUCCUUUAAAAGGGGCAUUCUGCGAAUACUCCAUUUGCAUCUUAUGAUCUAUAUGGUAUGUUGAUGUCCACUCCCACAAAACCAAGACACUGUUGUCCAAAUACACUGGUUUGCCCACGAGAGAUAUCCCCUUGUUUCAAAGAAAGUCUGUGAUGCUCAUCCUUGCAUUAUGAAAAGUGUUGCAAAAGAAGCAAAACUAAUGAAAUCACCAUGUGACUGUGAAUGUCAGCGGUAUCAGCUGACUUCAGCCUCAGAAUAAUUACAAUAGGUUGACUGUACAGAACAUGUAGUAUGUACCAGCUGACUUUAAAAGCUAAAUAACCCUAGAUCGUAGAAAUAUGUUAAUGUGUCUAUGAUCCCGGAUGCGGUGUCUAAAUGUCCAUUUAAAGCUUUAACUUUAAAUUGAUGCUGCCGUACUGGUCAGAUAGUGAGGGCAGGAAAUGUAAAAUCAGUCUGUAGGCCUGACCUGUGCAUAGCCAAAAUGGGAGAAGUAAGACGGACAUCGCGAAUGAAUGUGCACACAAAGAAAACGUACUACUCAAGCCUUAAUGUCUCUCUAAUUAUGUACUCCUGAAAAUGAAAGCAAACAAUUAAGUGCAUCAAAGAGGCGUGUCAAGAGGUAAUCCUUUGUUAUGUGACCAGAGACUGAUUGUUGGCGCUGUGGAAAUUAUGCUUAUCCGGGCUUGUAGACUUGUCCUCUUACAAAAUGAUGAAAUACGUAAAGUAAGCCUGUAUAUGUUUUGGUAUAUUGUGACACCCUCUAAAUAAAGUCCAAUCAAACAGA